AUGUGGUCUCACGCCAAGGAAGCACUGAUCAGUUCGACUUGUAUUCUCAAUGCCCCAUUCUGUGAUCGUCGACCUCUUAUCAAGCUUGCCAAUGAUCUCAAUGGGCCUCGUAUGAGGUUGUUACAUUGGUCUCAAAUUGAACAAGAAAAAAGAAUUCCACACAGUGACGAAAAUCUCGCUGUUGAUGCAAUCAAAGGAAUUGAUUCGUAUGGUGCUGGCAAAUGUGAAAUCUUUAUGGUUAGCCAUCGUUGGUUACGUUCCAGACUAGAUCCAACCGAAGCUCAUCCGGAUUCAGUAGAUAAUAUCAAGGCAAAGGUAUUAAAUGAGUUUUCACUCUGGAGAAGGAGGUGGGUACUCGAACAGCAUGGCUUUCUGCCCGAAAUUUUCUAUUGGAUUGAUUUUUGUUGUAUUGAUCAACAUGAUACGACGUCUGCACUUCCAUUGCUUCCACUCUGGGUAACGUGCUGUGAAAGAUUCCUGAGACUUGAGACAGAAGAUUAUAGUGAAAGAGCAUGGUGUAGAUUGGAAUCGUUGCUUUCGUAUGUUUUCCAGUUUGCUAAUCAUCACACAGUAAUAAAAUUGGAUUUCAAGUGUCCAACAACGUGGCCAUACUAUGGAACUAAAACAAAAGCAAUCAUUCUUGAUCCAAGCGAUGGAAAGUUUACAGAUCAGCAGGAUAUGGCAAGAGUGGAACCAAUUAUUGAAUUAGCAAUGAUAAUUGCAUCAGUGAAAAACAAACAGAACGUAGAAUUAGGAAAGUCAACUAUCACCUGUUUUCUGUUAUAA